AUGACGAUUAAUCAUAUCUUGACUAUGGCUUCUGAGACAAAUCAAUAUCUCAAAUGUAAUCACACUGUCGUAGAUCUUGGCUGUGGACCUGGACAAGAUUCUUUGUGGUUAUCAAAUAAAAAAAUGAACAAAGAAAUGAAUCUAAUUGCUAGUGAUAUAUCAUCCGGUAUGAUGAAAAUCUUAGAUGACGAAACACACAAACGAAACUUAUCAAGUAUUAUCAAAACAUAUUGGUUUGCUGGUACCAAACACUCACGAAAGACUAUUAGUAGCACUAAGCUUGUUGUUCAAUACAGUCUUUUGGUUACAUGCUGUGUAUAUGUGAGAUAUCUUGGACACGAAUUCGCGCACGAAUGUAUUCCAACUCUGAUCACAUUUGUUCCAAGUGAAAUUCGACAAUUGAAAAAAUUGCCCAAAAAUCUUGAAAAACAUGAAAAUUUCAGAAAAACGCGAACGGAUUCGUUUCGUCGCUUCCAGCGACCAUUCCAACCCUUAUUCCCGAUACAACUCGACGAGCUCUAUCCGUUGCAAUCAUUAAAAAAAUUGUCACCCAUCCUCACCCCUUACUUUAAUAUGCUUUCAUUAUGGAUAUGUACCACACUUUAA